UGACCAAUCUUGUUUAGCGCUGUAGAUCUUCAUAUAUUUUUAUAGACUUUGUUAAACUUAAAAAUGUUGGACUUAGGACAAAUCUAGAGUAUGAGUGUAGCAUGUUCGUCGAAAUGCUUGGGAAUGCGAUGUUCAAAAAGAUUUCACACAACUUGUAAGUAGAAAGUCUAGUUUUAUUGCUAGCCGUCCAUAGUGUACAACACAUUUCUUCUGAAUAAUUGUUGACAGCAUGAUGUGUGGAGGGCCAGUGGAGAAUUGGCACGAGGUGGCGGAUAUGUUUCUUUUGCCUUUUUGAAAAAGAAGUGAUGGUGAGGGGUUGAGGGGGUACUUAAGCCGUUAGCGCACGGAUGUAUCACUUAUAUAGGUGUUUUUUCUUUCAUUGAGAAUUUCCUCAGAGGAGACAUGAGACCAUGUCUUAUGUAUUUUAUAAUUGAGAUACUGCUAGGUUUUGAGAUGCAAUAAUACAAGUUAACCUUUUCUCAUCGAGUUUGGAUUGCUUACCAUAAGUGUCAUGUUCUAAUACAAGUUAACUUGUGAAUAGACAGUCCAGUUUUCUAGUUAACCAUCUCCAAUUCCCGGAUGUAAUAACACAAGUUAACUUGUGAAUUGACAGUCUAGUUUUCAUGCAAUACAUCUCCAAGUCCCCAAAAACCCAAGGUUAAUUUCCCCCGUGAGGUUCCUCCACGGAGGGUGAGUUGAGGCUUAAGAUCAGUUUGAAAGGCGUAGUUGAUAGACAACAAGUCAUUAUUCUUGUACUACCACUUGUUCUUACGGAGGGGUGGAGGAGACUUCCGUGUUACAAUACAGGAAAAUCCCUCCAAAAUUGUAGUGUUCAACACAAAAGCUAUCAAUCUUUUAAAUCAGUUGAUGAGAUUACGAGGGCCAUUGGGAGAGACCGCACGAGGGGGUGAAUAGUCAUUUUUUUGUAACAUAGGGUAGGGGAGCGUGUUCUCACCAAAACUACCAUAGUUUAGGGGCAAAGCACAAGAGCUGGUGAAGUGGUACACUACAAGGAGGUUCUAGGAAUAGGCAAUGUUGGGUGACAAAAGGGCCACUGUACUGACAACAAAGGUGGUUCUUUGUGAAAUAGGGAGAAGAAAGGUCAUGGCUUUACAAACCCAUCAAGGAGAACCUCAUCCUACUCAACAGUGGCGACAAUCUAGAAAGGAGGUUAGGGCCUACAAGAUGGUCUUCUCAAUAAACCCAUGGAUAGACAACAUCCACUAAUUAGGAGAUUCUACAUUUCUAUAAAAAUGGUAGUGAGAUAUUUUUUGUUAAUCAGUAAUUUACCAUCACAUAUCUCCCAAUUUAUUAAAUUGUUUUCUACUGUUGAAACUCGUUGGUAAUUUUGUUAUCACAAACUUAUCCUUAUUGUUAUAACAAUUUGUACUACACUACAUCACAAAUGAAAUUAAAAAAAUUGACUGCCAUGUGCCCUCCCCUAAUAAUGUCAUAAAUGUUAGCUAGUCUCAUACUUUAAGAUGCAUGUCAUCAUAGGUGAACAUGGUGAUGACCAAGAUUAACGAGGCCGCUGCAGGAGGUGCUGUAGUGGACAUGAGUAGGCUUCUGAAGUCAUUCACGUAUGAUAUGGCAUGUCGGAUCGUGUUGGGAGAGUCCUUCCGGAAAGAAGGACAGAGCAAGCUACUUCGAGACCUCAUAGACGAUACCUCACGAAUAUUAGGAGGUUUCAACUUGGAGGAGUACUUCCCAACAUUGGCAAGAGUUGGAGUGCUUAAGAGGGUGGUUUGUGCAAAGGCUGAGAGAGUGAGGCGUAGAUGGGCCUAUUUGCUGGAUAAGUUGAUCGACGAACAUGUGAGCAUGGAAAAAUCAACAGUUGAUAACAAGGAUGGGGAUUUCAUAGAUAUUUUGUUGUCUGUUCAGCAUGAGUAUGGUCUCACAAGAGAGCGAAUGAAAGCUCUCCUAACAGAUGUAUUUUUCGGUUCAACGGACACGUUAUCUAACACUCUCGAAUUCACCUUGGCCGAGUUGAUGAGGAAGCCAUGCCUAUUGGGGAAGCUACAAGAUGAAGUGAGGAGUAUCGUACCCCGUGGACAAGAAAGUAUAACCGAAACCGACAUAAACAAGAUGGCGUACUUAAGAGCAGUCAUGAAGGAGUCACUCCGGGUGUAUCCUGUUGCGCCUAUCCUUGCUCCACACCUUGCCAUGGCUGACUGCAACAUUGAUGGGUAUAUGGUUGCUGCUGGCACACAUGUCUUAGUCAAUGUAUGGGCCAUUGGUAGGGACUCCAGCUCUUGGGGGGAUGCAGAAGAGUUCAUACCUGAAAGAUUUAUAUAUGAAGAUAGUGAUGUGGAUGUCAAUUUCAAGGGGAAUGAUUUCCAGUUCUUGCCAUUUGGGUCAGGACGAAGGAUGUGCCCUGGCAUAAACCUCGCGAUUGCCAAUUUUGAGCUUAUGUUGGCAAACCUCAUGUACCAUUUUGAAUGGGAAUUGCCUCCAGGGGUUGAGACGAAAGACAUUGAUAUGACAGUGGUCUUUGGGCUAACCGUGCGCAGGAAGGAGAAGCUACUAUUAAUUCCAAAAGCAUGCAAGUAGAUAAAUGAAUAAAAUAUAAGUUGAAUAUUUUGUGUUAUUGCUAUAUUGUUGCAAAUAAAGAAAGGGGAAU